CAUUCUCGGAAUAGCCAUCUAAAUGACGUCAUGGAUGAACAGCUGGUCUGUUGCAAUAACUGAAAAUGUGGAAAAGCAUAGUGAUAUAAAAUCGUAUUCGUGGUUUUUGGAAGUAAACAUUUAGUGUGCCAUGAUGUGGAAGCUGGGUGAUCCUGGUUUGGAUUUGGGCUGCCUACAGCUCCUGUUGCUUGUUUACAUCUAUCUCUGCUCGCUCGGAGAUUGCCUUUUCGUGACUGAUUAUUUCACCCGGACGCCUCGGAAACUGAAUGCUUUCCGGUCAUUUGCCAGCGUAGAGUUAUUCCAUUUUAAUGUGCCUGAUGACACUGUGGUGGCUGUCUGGAACCUCAUCACGUUCAAAGAGCAAGGAGGCACAUUUGGAGACAGUUGUCCUGACCGCAACGUCACUGUGUAUUUCAGAUCCGGAGCACCUCCUGUUAUCAACCCCCUUCGCACCCGGUUUCCUCGAGACACCAUCAUUCCUGGGUCGUUCGCUGUAACCCUGACUUGGACUCUACCCAACAGGACCACUGGUGUGUUCAAUGUCACCAGUCCUCUUCCUGGAGACUGGUUCCUGGCUGCACAUUUACCAAAGGAUGAAGGAAAGAUUUCUGUUAAGGGGCUCUAUGAAGAAUGCCAAUACCUCUUUCAGCCCCAAUUAAUUGUGCAGAGAUUGAUUGGUAUUCCUGUCCUGUAUCCUGGAUACUUGAUAAAGCAAAUAAUCCCAGUACACAACAGAUCGGUGCUUUACAAAGUGUUUAUUCCAAAUUACAUUUCCAAAGUGAAGGUGCAACUUGUGAACUGUAGCACGAUAGACAAGAAGGUGGAGAGCUGCCCAGUGUUCCUGAAGAUCAGGGCCAAAGCCCCACCUCUGCAUAACUCCACUUACUUGGACUGCAAAGAGAGCAAGAGCUGCGAGCUGGAGACCCAGCUUCCCUUCUGGGAGCAGUGGUACUACAUUCUGGUGGAGAGAUACGUGGGGAAUGUCAAUGUCAGCUUUUUCAUUGGAGUGCAAGUUAAAGAUUGUUCAAAGCCCAGUAUUACAAAGGGAGGAUCACCGAGUUCAGCUCUCAACAUGCCCCAGUCUUUCGGCUCUGUGUUGGGCUUCUCCCUCUCUGAGAACCUUCCUGCUGCUGGUCUGCCUCCCGUGUCCCAGAACAUCUCGGAGAGAAGUCCGGUCUUCGUUUCUGAAGAGGGGACCACCUAUUUGGCCCCAACAUCAGAUGCAAACAAAUGCUGGCCCAUAAGACCAACCCUACGAAAUGAGCUGGACACUUUUUCUGUCCACUUCUAUAUAUUUUUCGGGCCAAAUAUUUCCAUCCCACCUGACAGAGCGGCUGUUUUUGCUAUCAACUUGAUGCCUGUCCUAGAUAGUGGUGGAGUCUUGAACAUGGAACUCAAACUGAAUGUGUCGUCUUUGAAAGGAGAAAAUAUCACAGUGUUUGGUUGUCUCAACCAUGGCAUGCCUCUGUCAUUAUCAGACAACUCAACAGUGAAAUGUGAAUCAGAGUCCACAGCAGGGUUCAUUCUCUCUCUCAAUGCUACCUCGAAUAUCACCAAGUUGAGGAUUCCCUACCCACAGACUGGCACCUGGUACCUGGGUCUGCGCUCCCUCUGUGCCACAGAGCGAGGGUUUGAAGCAUGCAGCAAUGUUACUGCUGAAGUGUACUUAAGGUCAUAUCUCACUCCGUGUAUCAACGACUGUGGAACUUACGGACAAUGCAAACUUCUGCGGACAAACAAUUACUUGUAUGCAGCAUGUGAAUGCAAAGCAGGGUGGGAUGGCUGGGGCUGCACCGAUAACUCUGAGGCGUACACCUAUGGCUUCCAGCUGCUCUCUACCCUGUUGCUCUGUCUCAGCAACCUGAUGUUUGUCCCCCCGGUGGCCAUUGCCAUCCGGAGUCAUUACCUGCUGGAGGCCUCUGUCUACAUCUUCACCAUGUUUUUUUCCACAUUUUACCAUGCCUGUGACCAGCCUGGGAUUGUGGUGUUCUGUAUAAUGGAGUAUGAUGUUCUGCAGUUCUGUGACUUCCUGGGGUCACUCAUGUCUGUGUGGGUCACAGUUAUUGCCAUGGCAAGACUGAAGUCCAUUAUUAAACAGGUGCUGUAUUUGCUUGGAGCAAUGCUGCUGUCCAUGGCACUGCAGCUGGACCGACAUGGCCUGUGGAAUCUCCUGGGACCCAGCCUUUUUGCCUUAGGGAUUAUGGCAAUAGCUUGGACUGUACGCACGAUCAGAAGACGGCGCUGCUACCCACCCACUUGGAAACGAUGGGUUUUCUACCUCUUUCCUGGCACCAUGAUUGCCACCUCAGCCGUGGCUCUGUACGCCUUCGUGGAGACGGAGGAGAACUACUUCUACAUUCACAGCAUCUGGCACAUGCUGAUUGCUGGCAGCGUGGGGUUCCUUCUCCCACCUCGUGCCAAGCCCGAUGGCAAAGUCACUCCCAUUCAGAGGAGGAGGGGCUGCGGCUAUCAGCUGUGUGUCAAUGAACACGAGGAGCUGGGCCUGGUUGAUCCGGCCAUUGUAUCCAUUAAUAGCAUUUGUACAAGCUGAUACUGUCGGUUUCAGAGACUGCUAUUGCCUUUUCUUAUUGUUUUAGAACUAGGAAAAAAGCCAGAGAACUUGAAGAGCAUUGUAAAUAACCAACACAGACACCGGGUUUGGGGUAUACUUAUUAUUUAUUAUUACUGUUUAUUUAUAACUGACUUUGGAGCAAAAGAUAAGGCACUAUAGUUUUUGAUUUUUUUUUAAUUUAAGCUAACCACUGCUGCUAAUUCACAGUGACUGUAAAAUGGUUAUGUAUUAUUUAUUGUUAAUGUGAUGUUUUCCAAAUAGACCAAAUGUUGAAUUUCAUUUGGAGGAACAAAAAAUUAAAAGGGCACGGCUUUCCUUUUGGAUAUAUCUUUUGCACUGAGACACAAACAAUGUCAUACUGUACAUUUUUAUAUAUAUGUAGAACUAUAUUAAGCAUCACAGUGUUAAAAAGUAAGAACUAGUUCCCUUUUGUGGUAUGUUUGAUUGUCUGUUGGACUGCAGUUUAUUGCUUUUAUGGAUGUGUUGUAUGUGUAUAGUUGUCAGAUACAGGAAAGUAGAGAAAAAAAGAUAAAAGUUUGUUUAAAAGCUAAGGUAAAAACUUGUAUUGUACAGUAUGCUAUUUAUAACUGGAGUUCUCCAGCCCUGGGAAGGUAGCACUGGAAACAAAAUGAAUAAACAUUUUUUUACAGUU